CCUCCCGCAGCCGUCCUGCCUGCUGCGUGUGUCAGACACAGAUCACCAUCAGCUAUCUCACACGCCCGGCGGCCGGCUCCAUCCCCAGACCUGCACCAUGGUUACAGCGUUGAAAGACGGCUUCGAGAAGUUCCUGCACCAGCAGAACGUGUUCACCGACCUGCUGGAGAAGAUAGAGGCCAAGACCGGGGUGAACCGACGCUACAUAGCGCUGGCAAUCGUUGGCAUUUUAGCAGUUUACUUAGUGAUCGGGUAUGGGGCGUCUCUACUCUGCAACUUGAUUGGAUUUGCCUACCCGGCAUAUGUCUCAAUAAAGGCGAUUGAGAGUCCGAAUAAAGAUGACGACACUCAGUGGUUAACUUACUGGGUGGUGUACGGGAUAUUCAGCAUCAUUGAGUUCUUCUCUGAUAUCUUCCUGUCCUGGUUUCCUUUUUACUACAUGAUCAAGUGUGGAUUCCUGCUCUGGUGCAUGUCUCCCCACCCAUCUAAUGGUGCCGAGCUGCUCUACAACAAGAUCAUCCGUCCUUUCUUCCUGAAACACGAGGGUGAGAUGGACAACCUGGUGAAGAACAUUAAAGAUAAAGCUGCAGAGACUGCAGACACUAUUGGAAAAGAAGCUAAACGGGCCACAGUGAAUUUGCUUGGUGAUGAGAAGAAAAGCACCUAAAUUGGGUUAUCUGGAUGGAAGCAGUCCCUUAUAAGCAGCUAUAUAUGGGACAGUGGUAUCGUUUAUACUCCUCCUUGGCCAGGUGGCCUGGAACACAUCGCUGACCGCUGACUGGGGAGCUCUGGGUUUCAGACCUCACUGGUGCUGGCGUUAUUAAUAUUGUUGCCUUGGAAACCUGUUUUUUGAUAUGAAGACAAGAAUGUGUGAUGUAGUUGUACUAUGUUUGCUGUUGUCUGUAGAGGAGGUGAGCAGUUUUAUUUAAAAGCAAUCAAGUGUCCAAAGCUUAAACAAAAUCAGUGUGGGAGGCUUUUAAAUGUAUUGUUUUUGUCAUGCAUUUACUGGUCCUGAAUAAAACAAAGUAACUACACAAA